AUGCGAGCGAUUUUUCUUCUGAUUUCGCUCAUUUCGCUGGUGGAGUCAGCUCCAACAGUGUCGGAUUGCAAAUAUGAAAUAUUCGAAGCAAAAAUGUGUUGGCAGCUCAUGCCCGCGAGAAAAUGGAACAUUGUGCCCAAGGAGGAAUUCGCCGCUAAGAAAUCAAAAUUCCAAAAUUUUUUAACCUGUCUGGGAGAACCGAAAUGUGAGCUCACACAAAAUUGGCUGAAACUGAAAAAAUCUAUAAUGGAUAGGACAGAAGGAAUGUGUGAAAGCUAUGGAUGUCUUGGAAAUGGAACCUUCCAGAAGAUCGAGUACAAGUGUCAGAAUGCGGAGAAGUUUAUCAGCUAUACGGAGCAGAAUUACGCUAAUUGCUUAACUGAGAACAUCAGAAAAGCACCAAAAUGUUCUUCCACCGAUUUGGAAGCGUUCCAGAAGGUUGUCAAGUUCAACGAAGAUGUCUUCAAAACGCAAGAUCUGUAUAUAGAGAAUCUCAAAAAGCUCCGAACCAACAUUCGAGGAUGUCUUUUGGACAUAGCCUACGAAAGACACGAACACAAAUGUCAAAAUGAGGAAAAUAAUAUUGACCGUGCCGAACCCGAAUUCAUGAACUGUAUGAUUAGGAGAAUUGAAAACGCGGAAAAGUGUACGGACACUGAUUUAAAGAAGCUGAAGGAUGUUCUGCAGAUGGUAGAAGCUCUCAAGAAGAAAAUUGGUCAUAAUGAGCAAUAUAAAAGAAUCGAAAGUGAAAAAGAUGAUGAAUACUUAGCUUUUCCAUUCUCCUCAAAAAACUGGGAGGCCCCAGAUUUUUAUGAGGAUCUGGAAAACUACGACUCCUGGAAAACAUGUGUAUCUCCUUCCAAAUGUUCAGAAAGUCUUAGAAGAAUCGAAAAAGUUAAGACUUCAUUUGAACUACACAAGUUUUAUGCUGACAAUCUCCAGGAAUGCUUAGGAUCUGGUGUCUUGGAAAAUCUAACCCUAACUUGCAAUCAAGAUUGCAAUCCAAUGGCAUAUUUGAAAUGUGGAAAGAAGUUUCUGGAAGAACAAGACACUUGUGAUCCGGCGGAUAUUCAAAAUUUUGAGUCGCAAUAUGAGAAAUUCGAAUUGUUUUGUAAAUUGAAGCGUUCACACUGA